AAAUAGAAACAGGCUUAAUUCUCCCUCUGCUCUUCGAGAAGGCCAAAAAAAUUUGACACGACCGAGUUCGUCUCUCAUCGCUGGACACGGCAAGCUAUCAGGUCAGAUGGAUGGUGGUGGGAUACGAUAACCGUUCUAGUCACGUUUUGCUUUCAAAUCUUUCUCGUUAACGGGAUGCCGAGGGAACACCCCCGGAAUGGUCAGUGGCUGGAAAUAAUGAGCUCAUGCUCAAUAAUAAAUUUCACAGCCGUGGAACGCCUUUAAGUAUAUCCGUCGAUUCCUCAGAUUAGGUCCAUCAUCCAAAAUGUCCACUCCUGUCACUCUCUACGACAUCCCUUCCACUCUCCCCGGCAAUGCUUGGUCGCCUAACAUCUGGAAAGCUAGAUACGUGCUCAACUAUAAAGGCAUCCCGUACCGCACUGAAUGGGUUGAGUACCCUCACAUUGAAGGCCUGUACAAAAAGCUCGGCGCCCACGCCAGUGCUACUAAGGCCGACGGCGUAACGCCCCACUACACACUCCCUCUUCUCCACGAUCAUUCUACCGGUGCCCUUGUCUCUGACUCAGCAGCCAUCGCCCGAUACCUGGACAAAACCUACCCCGAAACAUCCACUGUCAUUCCCACGGGCACCGAUGCGCUCCAUUACGCCUUUAACGAGGCAUUAGAGUCCCAUUUCGAUGCUCUUUGGCAGUUCGCCCUUAUUCAGACCAACUUCAUUUUGAACCCUGUAAGCGAGGAGUACUUCAGGAGGACGAGGGAAGCGAACGUGUUUGGAGGGAAGAAACUGGAGGAUGCAAUCCCGAAGGGUGAGGAUAGGAAGAGGGAGUGGGCGAAGUUGAAGGCGGAUUUCGGAAAGAUUGAUGCGUGGUAUGGGAAGGAGGAUAAGUACGUGAUGGGAGAUACUCUUUCGUACGCGGAUUUCACGGUUGCUGCGUGGGUCUUAUGGGUCCGCAUCGUAUACGGCGCGGAUAGCGAGGAGUGGAAGGAUGUCUUGACGUGGCAUGGAGGCAGGUGGGGUGUUUUGGUGAAGAAUUUUGAGAAGUAUGAGACUAUCGUGUAACCAGGCCGAUAGGAAGAAGUACAUAAACCCACAAGUAAUUACUAGUAUUGCUGUGUAGGAAAUUGAUGAAAACUUGUAUUACAGACAGUACUUCCUUUCGACAAUGCAGCCUUCGCUUGAAAUGGUACAACAUCGCACUCUCGAAAUUCGAAUCCGGCUGCAUUUCGUCACUACAACCAAAGUUGAUUAUUGAUUACUAUGGAUUGCAUUAGUAUGUCGAAUAACGUUUUGAUCAACAGUGUAAUCCAUCCAGCCUACAAUGCUUGCCGGUUACCCUUUAAUAUGACACAUAGCAUCGUCUAAG